UGGAACAUUCUAAUGAAACAUAAGUCUGUCAGUUGGAUUAUCAUACAUGUGGGAAAGAAUGAUAUUCGGAAAGAGCAGUCUGGGCUUCUUAAUAGGGAUUUUAAUGAACUUUUUGAAACAGUUCAUCAGUGGACCUCUCCCAGCCCGAUGAUGUUUUCUCGGCUACUAAUUAGUGAACCACACGACUGCUUUGAUACCGUUUACAGGUUUGAAACUUGCCGGCUUUAUUUUUCAUACAAGUGAAGUCAAACCAUGGAGAAGCUUUCUAAACUGUUUUUGUGUACUCCAGCAUCUGUUCCAUGCGACGGAAUAUUCUCCAAUGCUGGUGAAAGUGUACAAAAAAGAAUAUAUUUUCCUGUCACCAAAUGUAUAGCCAUUAUAAUUAUUAUAAAAUUAUAUGUUUGAAUAAAAAUCACAGCAUUUAAUGAAUACUCUCCUCCACUCUACCCAGUUGCCCUCUGCCACAUUACACAUCACCUUGAAAAAUCAAACAGAUCUCAUGCUCAAUGUUUUAUUAUCAACGUGAACACAUGUAAUUCAUCAGUAUCUGUGAAAUUCACCUACUACAUAAAUGGGUUUGAAACAUGGAUUGUAAAAAGAAACCAUGAACAUCGUGUCAAAGCUCAGCCUACUUGCAUUUCAAGUUCAUUACAUUUACUUCACCAGCAGAUGGUGCUGUGCAUUUUCUAUUUGAAUGAAACUUCGAGUAAUAUACUAUAUUUGACACGAUUGUAUCGGAAAGCAAUAAUGCUUCGAGACGUUUCAUUUGGCCAUCACUAAUUUCUUCUGUUUUGUUUAAAUGCCAGGGUGGCAAGUGCCAUACUCUGCCAUAGCCUACCCAAAUGCAGCACCUCUUCUCCCCCCUAAUUGUCUCAGGUGUUUCUUGUUUCCUUUGAUUAGCAUGUGUAUAAAUACCAUUGUGCUCGUCAUUUUUCUCUGUCGGUUAUUGUAUUGGCUUGGCUUUGUUUUGUUUCUUAAAUUCUGAAAGCAAAACUUUUUACUAAAAGAUUCAUCAUGGCAGUCAUGAGAGCUCUAAUUCUUUUCUUGGUCUUUUCUGUUGAGAGUGCAUCAGGAUCGACAUUUAGAGGAGUAGCUGGGCGUUCUCGAGACUUUGCGGGUAAAGUUGAAGAAAACUGCCCAUAUGGAUGGACACAUUUUGGUAUGAAAUGCUACAAAUUCUUCUCUCAGUCAGUUAACUGGACCACCGCUGAGAAAAACUGUCAAUCUGUUGACGCGAAUCUUGCAUCUGUGCACAAUACAGAUGAACACAACUUUCUCCUGAAUCUGAUUGUGCCUGCUACCACAUCUGCUUGGGUUGGUGGCCAUGAUGGUGAAAUUGAUGGCCAAUGGCUGUGGUCUGAUGCAUCUCAGUUUAACUUUACCAGCUGGUGCUCUGGAGAACCUAACAAUUAUCAGGGUAACCCUGAGAACUGCCUACAGAUAAACUUUACCAAUAACAGUUGUUGGAAUGAUGGGCAGUGUUCAUCCGAAAUGAGCUACAUUUGUGCCAAACCUCUGAGAUCGUGUUAAAUAAAUCUGUUUCAAUCAAAAAAAUUUAUUGUCUGG